UACUGAGUACAGGUCUCACUAUCCUGCCUGGUCCUCUCACUCCGACAGCAUUCUACAACCACACUGGAGUCUGUCUCUCUCCUGGUGAUUCUGAACAAAACUCUUGUGUUUUUGCUCCUCAGUUGGGUGUCGUGGGACAGGAGCCUGUGCUGUUUGCACUCUCUGUCAGGGACAAUAUCUGCUAUGGCCUCCACAACGUUCCGAUGUCAUCGGUCACUGCAGCAGCUCAGAAGGCCAAUGCCCAUGAAUUCAUCGAGGGACUGGAGCAUGGCUACAGCACAGAUGUUGGAGAGGCAGGAGGACAGCUUUCUGGUGGAGAGAAACAGAGAAUAGCCAUUGCUCGCGCUCUCAUCCGGCAACCUCAAAUCCUCAUCCUCGACGAAGCAACCAGCUCCCUCGAUGUGGAGAGUGAGCAUACGGUGAGUGAGCAGCCUCAGGUUUCACAGAAAAUCUUAUUACAGAGCGUUAUUACACUGU